AUGUUGCCUUCCGUCGGCGCGAACGCAUGUAUACAUCGCGACUCGCGUCCCAGCGCGCCGCGGCCCGUACAGGAGCGCUUACGACGCCGCACACGACCUCGCGACGAGCAACAACCGCUCUCAGGCGCUCGCGUCCGCCGGUGGCCCCGCACUCGCGGCGAAACUCGCGCGCCGGGCUCGCGCGUGUCGCCCACUCGCGGCCUGUCGCUGCGGCGAGCGCUGCCGGGCGGCACAGGGGCGGCGAUGGCGGCAGAAGUCUCCGCGCCAGCCUCUCACGGGCCGCAGCAGGUCACCCGUAGGCUCUCGUUCGGAGACGUCUCCCUGCACCGGCCCGGUUUCCUGCACACGAGCGACAUCAUCACCGCCAUCAGGAACCCGUCGACGGAGCGGCUCGAGGGGGUCCUGGCCAAGCUCACGCAGGCGGAGGCGAUGGCCAAGCGCGUGAGUGACGCCGCACUGGAGCUGGCGCCGGGCAACGGGCACGGCGACCUGCGCCGUCUCAAGCGGCAAUUCAAGAGCAUGAAGAGCAACUUCAUGCAGUUCGACGUCAAGGAGUCGUUCAUGGACGGUCUGCUGGAUGGCCGCCCAGGAGAAUUCGAGCAGGCGUACCACGAGCAGUUCCUGUCCGAGAUCGGCCAGAACCAGGCCGAGCUGGGCGAGUGCAAGGCCCUGAACGCUGAGCUCCGGACGCGGAUCCAGGAGGACAUCGCGGCCAUCUGCGCGCAGACCGCGGAGAUCUCCGAACUCCACGCGACGGUCGCCGCGCAGCUCGACGCGCUGAAGGCGGAGGAGGCUGCACACGCGGAGCACCUCGCGCAGCAGCCGCCGCUGCCCGCCGUCCCCCCCGCGCCCACGAUGGGCGACUGCAAGGCCCUGCUGGCCCAGGCCGACAAGGAGGCGCGGGAGCUCGAGGCGGCGCUGUCUGCGGCAACGCGCCGGACCUGCAGGGGCGCGGAGGACGCGGGGCUCGAGCUGGCGGGGCUGCGGUCGCAGGCGGCGGCGCUGGAGGCGACGUGCGCGCGCGGGGGCGCCGAGGGCGGCGCGGGCGCGCGGGAGCGGGCGAGUGAGGCGGCGCUGGCAGCCGCGCAGUGGUCGGAGCGGCUGGCGGCGGUGUGCGGCGCGGUCGGGGGCGUGCGCGUCGAGCGGCUGGAGGGGAGUGUGGCGGAGCUCGGCGUGGAGGUGCUCGUGCCGCGGGGCGGCGGCGGGCAGGAGGUGGCGGGGGUGCCGCUGUCGGGGGCCGUGGAGGCGCGGCGCGCGACGCUCCGCGUGCAGCUCCGCGACGGACUCGUGCCGGUAGCUGCGGAGGUGAGCUGCGGCGCGCAGCCGCCGCGCGACCUGUCCGCCGUCCUGCGGGGCGCCGCGCAGGGCCCCGGUGCGCUGGCGAGCCUCGUGGCUGCCGUCCGACGCGAGCUGGCGUCCGCGCAGCCCCCGCGGGUGUGA